AUGAGGAGCGAUGAAGUGCGUUUGAAUUGUGGGAUAACGAUUCCAGUGAUUGGAUUAGGUACCUAUUCUUUUAACAAUGAUAGGGAGACAACGGAGCAAGCCAUCCAUAUGGCCCUCAAGAUGGGAUACAGGCAUUUUGAUACAGCAAAAAUAUACGGUUCGGAGCCAGCCGUUGGAAAUGCUUUAAGAAUGGCAAUUGAGGAUCAAAUCAUCCGAAGGGAAGAUGUUUUUGUGACAUCUAAACUAUGGAGCGCUGAUCACCAUGAUCCUGUUUCAGCACUCAAACAGACUAUGCGGAACCUGGGGAUGGAGUUUGUGGACAUGUACUUGGUGCAUUGGCCAGUGAAUCUGAAGCCUUGGGCUUGCAAUGCUGUGCCAAAGGAAGAAGACUUUGAAAAGGAAUUAGACAUGGAGACCACAUGGGCAGGGAUGCAGAAAUGCUUAGACAUGAGCUUGUGUAGGUGUAUUGGGGUUAGCAAUUUCUCGAGCAAGAAGGUUGAACGCUUGUUAGAUUUUGCUUCUGUGCCCCCUGCUGUUAAUCAGGUGGAAAUGCAUCCAAUGUGGAGGCAAAGAAAGCUUCGAGAAAUCUGCGCUGACCACAACAUCCACGUGAGUGCUUAUUCACCGCUAGGAGGACCUGGGAAUGCAUGGGGAUCCACGGCUGUGGUUGAAAAUCCGCUCAUCAAAUCCAUAUCUCUCAAACAUAAAGCAACUCCAGCUCAGGUUGCUCUAAAGUGGGGAUUAUCGAGGGGAGCAAGCGUGAUCGUGAAGAGUUUCAAUCCGGAUAGAUUGAAGGAGAACAUGACAUCCUUCAACCUGAAAUUGGAUGAUGAAGAUAUGCUUGAGAUUGACAAGUUGGAGGAAAGGAAAAUCAUGAGAGGAGAGUUUCUUGUUAAUGAUACAACUAGCCCAUACAAGACUCUUGAAGAUCUAUGGGACUACGAAAUUUGAUGGGGUCAACUCAACAAAGUUGUACAUUUGCAAUUUGUAAAUUUCAACACCCCCUUUACCUCCCUUCUCUGUUUUAUCUUCUACUAUAAGUUAGCAAUGGUCUCCCUCAAAUAUAUUGUAAUAUUACAUCUCGUGUGUUAUCCCCUUUAAUUUUUUUUUUCUAAAAUUUUAGUCAAGAAUAAAAUAGCUCCUUGGAGAAAUUUUAUUAGCAAUCCCAGCGCCAUCAGUAGCUGUCACUCGGUAGAACUAACAUGUCAUGAACUGAGUUUAUGCUUAGACAUGAAAUACACCAAAAGAUAUACCCCCUAACCAUAUUGACUCUAUGCAAUCACACAUGCCUAAAUUUCAUCCGAUUUCAGGGUUGAAUUCACUUGUAACCUGACAUAGGAGUUUAACGGCCAACUCGUGAGCUGUCAUCCUGAUAAAACUAUGGUUGCAUCCAAUUGUACCCCAAAAGGUCAAAAAAAAAGUAAGAAAUAGCAAGUAUAUAAAUACAGCGAUUUAAGCACAUUAGACAAUCACUUGAAAUGCAUUUGAGUUCCUUUUGUAAAUACUAGUAGGAUGAUAAUUUCCACGACCUACUAGCUCCAAGUUUUAAAUUGGUGCAUCA